AUGCAUGACCUUGGGUGUCAGUGGAGAGAUGAUGAAAGAAAUUACAAAAAUAUCCCGACAUCCCCUAAUGAAGAUGUCACUUAUAGAAGAGUUCGACAUGGUGGAAGGGAUUCGGGAAAGAAGCCGAUUGCAAAUAGGCUGGCAUUAAGCUUUUCGGAUGAACUGCGUAUGUUUAAAAGUAAAAAGAAAAUUUAUGAAUUUCAUCAAGCUGAUAAGAGCAUCAACAAUAGUACCUCAUUUUCACCAUCUCAGGAAAUUUCUCCUACUGGCCAAUCCACAAUUUCUAAUAUACAUGGGAGUGAUUUUAUGCAUCUUUCAAUACUGACAGAAGACCAGAAAGCACACAGGGAAAGUCCUUACAAAUGUAAUGAGUAUGGCAAAACCUCUCCUAAGGGCUCAAACCUUAGUAGAUAUCAGAGAAUCCACACAGGAGAGAAACUGCGUAAAUGUGAUGUGUGUGACAAGGUCUUUAGUCGAAAUUCACACCCUGUAAGUCAUAAGAGGGUUCAUACUGGAGAGAAACCUUAUAAAUGUAAUGAGUGUGGCAAGAGAUUUAGUCAAAAUUCACAGCUUACAAUUCAUCAGAGAAUUCAUACUGGAGAGAAACCUUACAAAUGUGGUGAAUGUGGCAGUGUCUUUAGUCAAAAAACACACCUUACAAGUCAUCUGGUAACUCAUACUGGAGAGAAACCUCACAAAUGUAAUGAGUGUGGCAAGUUUUUUCGGGAUAAGAGAACCUUUACAAGGCAUCAACAAAUUCAUACUGCAGUGAAACCUUACAGAUGUAAUGAGUGUGGGAAGUUCUUUGGUGAGAAGCCAACCCUUACAAGGCAUCAGCAAGUUCACACUGGAGAAAAACCUUACAAAUGUAAUGAGUGUGGCAGAGUCUUUAGUCAAAAUUCAAACCUUGCACGUCAUGAGAGAAUUCAUAAUGGAGAGAAACCUUACAAAUAUAAUCAGUGUGGCAAGCUCUUUAAUCGAAAAGGAAACCUUGCAGUUCAUCAGAGAAUUCAAACUGGAGAGAAACCUUACAAAUGUAGUGAGUGUGGCAAAGUGUUUAGUAAAAAUUCAAAACUUGUGUGUCAUCAGAGAAUUCAUACUGGGGAG